ACAUGGAUUGGAUGUGAAAAAAGAUUUAGAAGUUCUUUUGGAAGGAGUGACUGAAUUCAAGAUAGAAGAUGACAGUGCCCCCUCUGAUCUGCUCAUCCAUGGCGCAUUAGCAUUUCCCAUCGCUAUGAAUGACUCCCAGCAGGCAUUCCUUGCAGCUGCACACUAUGGCAGGGGUCGUGUUGUGGUACUCUCUCAUGAAAGCUUUUUCCAAGCAUCAGCAAUGAAAACCUUUAUCCUUAAUGCCAUUGGUUGGCUUGAUGCUGGGAAAGGAGGACAAGUUGGCAUUGCUGGUGAUCUGCAGGACUUUUUCACUCUCUUGAACCAGGAGAAGAUCCCUUGCAAGGUAACAGGUCUUCAGGAAAAUCUGAGUGUGUACUGUUGCAAAGCCUACAGUGAUAAGGAGGUGGAGAAGGUUCAUGAGUUUGUUUCAAGAGGCGGUGGUCUGCUGGUUGGAGGACAGGCAUGGUCCUGGGCUGCAGGGAAUGCUGAUGAGAAUGCCAUUGCUGGGUUCCCUUGGAACAAAAGACUGCAAAAGUUUGGAGUUGGUAUCUUAGAUUUCAUACCAGAAUCAACUCAACCAGUCUCACAUCCCGAUAAGGUUUCCUCACAGUACCACUUUCGCAAGGCACUCUCCCGAUUUCAGCAAAACCUCGAGAAAAAAGAAGCUCUGAAGCCACCAUAUUCUUCCUGGCUCAAGAAAUUAGCACGGGACUCAGCAGUGUUCCUGAGGAUUCCAGCCCAGACCUCCCAGGUUAUCCGGUCUGUCCAGAAGGAGAUGGCUGAACUAGUGCUUUCCCAGGGGGUUCCUGAUGUCACUGCUGACAACCCCAUCAAAGGCAGCUCUGAGGAUAUGGUUUUAAUCAACAUAGCUGCAGAGCUCUAUGACAGCUUCCCUGAGGUGCGAAAACAAAUGAGUGCUCCCAACCAAAAUCUUCCAGAAAUGACUACAUCCCCAGCUGUAACUGUUAAAAUUGAUGGAAGAAAUGAAGGUCCAAAAGCCUGGAGAAGCACUGGGCUUUAUAUUCCUCCCAGAAGAACAGCCACUCUGCAUUUUCCUGCUUCUGCUGUUGCAGCUAACCUGGAGGUACAGAUCGGCUGUCACACUGACGAUCUCAGCCAUGCUGCAAAGAUGAAGCGGCCUCCCCUGGUGGUAAAGAAGUUCAAGGUUGAAAAAACCACCAUGGAAGUCUCUAGUCUGUGGGGUGGCCUCAUAUAUAUCAUAGUGCCAGAGGAGAGCACAUUAGGCCAAAUAUCAGUCACAAUUAAAGAGGCUGUGCAGGCUCCAUUCUUCAGGCUUGGGGAAACUGACGUCUCUGCCUGGCAGUCAACCAUCUCUCAGUACCCAGCCCCCUGGGCUGAGCUGGCCACAGAGAACAUCAUCCUGACAGUACCAGCUGCUGAUGUGCGCCACAUGGACAACCCAGAAAGGCUGCUUUCCAUCUGGAGCAAGAUGAUGAAUGAAAUUGCCAGGCUGGCAGCCAUCCCAGCAACUUUUCCAAGGCCAGAGAGGAUGGUGGGAGAUGUCCAGAUAUCUUACGGUUGGAUGCAUGCUGGCUACCCAAUCAUGUAUCACUUGGAGUCAGUGGCGGAGAUGACAGAUGUGCAGUCCCUCCAAGCCAAUGGCCUUUGGGGUGCCAUUCAUGAGCUGGGCCACAAUCAGCAGCAACCUGGAUGGGAGUUUCCCCCUCACACCACCGAAGCCACCUGCAACCUCUGGUCUGUCUAUGUCAAUGAGACUGUGUUAGGCAUCCCCAGAGAUAAGGCCCAUAAUGCACUUGCACCAGAAACUAGAAAGAAGAGGAUUCAGGAUUACAUUGAAAACGGAGCACAGCUGAAGGACUGGGAAGAAUUUACUGCCCUGGAGGCAUACCUGCAGCUGCAAGAGGCCUUUGGAUGGGAAACCUUCAUUGAAAUCUUUGCUGAAUACCAAAAUAUGUCUGAGCUCCCAGAUGAUAAUGAUGCAAAAAUGAAUCUGUGGGCAGAAACCUUUUCUCGUCUGGUGAAGAAGAAUUUGGCUCCUUUCUUCAAGGCCUGGGGAUGGCCAAUCAAGGAGAGCCUUUCCCAGCAGCUGGCUGAUUCUUUCCCCAGUUGGUCAGAUGAUCCAAUGAAGCAAUAUAUCUCCUAA